AUGCUUUUGAACCCCGAAUCAACCCUCCUCGACUCCAGCGGAGUUCCGCUUUGGCGCAAACAGGAUGUGAGCGCCUUUCAACAAUCAGAAGCCACUAGCAGUAGCGACUUGUUUAAGAGCAAUGAACCAGGCAUGAUUUCACUGGGUGCCGGAGCCCCAUCAAGCUCUUACUUCCCCUUCAAUGAGGUUGAGGUUAAAGUCUCCAAUUCUCCAGGGGAGGCAUCCGAGUCAACCAUCCACGUGGGCAAAGACGACUUUGAGCCCGGAGUCAAUGAGUACAGCCUGGACGUCGCUCUCAACUAUGGACAGGGCACUGGAUCUGCACAGAUGCUACGCUUCGUCACGGAACAUACCGAACUCAUCCACAACCCCCCCUACGCCGACUGGCAAUGCUGUCUAACAGUCGGCAGCACAUCCGCCUGGGAUUCCACGCUCCGCAUCUUCUGCGAAAAGGGCGACUACAUCCUGAUGGAGGAAUACACCUUCUCCACCGCGCUGGAAACAGCAUUGCCCAUGGGCAUAAACGCCGCCUCCAUAAAAAUGGAUGACCAAGGUCCCAUCCCCUCUGCCCUCGACCAUCUCCUUUCCACCUGGAACAACGCAGACAACCAGCGUCGCCAUGGCGGUGCCCGCAAGCCGUUCCUCCUAUACACCGUGCCUACAGGCCAAAAUCCCACCGGCGCAACUCAACUUCUCGAGCGGCGCAGGGAUAUCUAUCGAGUUGCCCAGAAACAUGAUCUUAUCAUCGUCGAGGAUGAGCCGUAUUACUACCUCCAACUGCCGGCAUACCAUAACACAAACCAGGAAGUGAAAGUGGACAAUCCUCGCCAACUCAUCCCGUCGUAUUUAAGCCUCGACGUCGACGGACGAGUCCUGCGCCUUGACUCACUAUCUAAAGUCCUCGCACCAGGCUGCCGCACAGGCUGGGUAACAGCAUCACAACAGAUAAUCGAUAAAUUCGUGCGACAGAACGAGAUCUCGGCGCAGAAUCCCAGCGGGUUUUCGCAGGUGAUUGUGUACAAGCUUCUGAACCACCAUUGGGGCCAUACGGGUUUCGCGCGGUGGUUGGAGGGGAUACAAUCCGAGUAUACAUGGAGACGGGAUACGCUUCUUCGAGCAUGCGAUGAGUUCCUCCCUGGGGAUAUUGCGAGGUGGAGUCCUUCGCAGGCCGGGAUGUUUCAAUGGAUUGAAAUUGAUUGGAAGGCACAUCCUUUAUACAAAGCUGGCGCCGACCAUGGCACAAUUCAACGUGCGAUAUUCGCAUCUGCGGUGCAGCAAAAGGUUUUUCUGACGCAGGGGAGCUUCUUCUGGUGUGAUAGCAGUGCACCGGAGAGUCGAAUGUUCUUUCGCGCGACCUAUGCUUCGGCCUCGCAGGAGAAUUUGACAGAGGCGGCGCGAAGAUUUGGCGUGGCACUGAGAAAUGAAUUUCAUUGGUACGAUUAA